GGCGGCGGCGGCGGCGGCGGCGGCGGCGCAGGCACCGGGAGCGGCACCAUGAGCGGACCACAGAACAAUGACCUGAAAAGACAGUUUCUGCUGGAGCGUCUGCUGGAUGCAGUGAAACAGUGCCAGAUCCGCUUUGGAGGGAGAAAGGAGAUCGCCUCAGAUUCUGACAGCAGGGUAACCUGUCUGUGUGCCCAGUUUGAGGCCGUCCUGCAGCAUGGCCUGAAGAGGAGCCGGGGAUUAGCACUAACGGCGGCUGCGAUCAAACAGGCAGCAGGCUUUGCCAGCAAGACUGAAACAGAGCCGGUGUUCUGGUUCUAUGUGAAGGAGGUCCUCAGCAAGCACGAGCUGCCUCGCUUCUACUCCCUGCACCACAUUGCCUCGGAUGUGGGCCGCGGCCGGGCCUGGCUGCGCUGUGCCCUCAAUGAACACUCUCUGGAGCGCUACCUGCACAUGCUCCUGGCCGACCGUAGCAGGCUCAGCACUUUUUAUGAAGACUGGUCUUUUGUGAUGGAUGAAGAAAGAUCUAGCAUGCUUCCUACCAUGGCAGCAGGUCUGAACUCUAUCCUCUUUGCAAUUAACAUCGACAACAAGGAUUUGAAUGGGCAGAGUAAGUUUGCUCCCACCGUCUCGGACCUCUUAAAGGAGUCAACACAGAAUGUGACCUCCUUGCUGAAGGAAUCCACACAAGGAGUGAGCAGCCUUUUCAGGGAGAUCACAGCAUCCUCUGCUGUCUCCAUCCUCAUCAAACCUGAACAGGACACCGACCCCCUGCCUGUCGUGUCCAAGCACGUCAGUGCUGAUGCCAAAUGUAAAAAGGAGCGGAAGAAGAAAAAGAAGGUGACCAACAUUAUCUCAUUUGAUGAUGAGGAAGAGGAGCAGAACUCUGGUGAUGUUUUUAAAAAGAUACCCGGGGCAGGGGAGAGCUCAGAAGAGAACUCAGACCGCUCCUCCAUCAAUAUCAUGUCUGCCUUUGAAAGCCCCUUUGGGCCAAAUUCCAACGGAAGUCAGAGCAGCAGCUCAUGGAAAAUCGAUUCUCUAUCUCUGAAUGGGGAGUUUGGGUACCAGAAGCUCGAUGUGAAAAGCAUUGAUGAUGAAGAUGUGGAUGACAACGAGGAUGAUGCGUAUGGGAACAUGUCAGGAAGGAAGUGCCUGGGCCAUUCAGGGUCACCUGAGAAGCCGCUGGAUGGGAACACCCACCUCUCCCAGAUGCACAGCUGGGCUCCUCUGCAGGUGCUGCACGGUGAUGCCGAAGUCCUCUUUCCGGUCAGCGGAGUGGGCUCCUACAGCCCUGCAGAUGCCCCCCUCGGAAGCCUGGAGAAUGGGACAGGACCAGAGGAUCACAUUCUCCCGGAGCCCAGUCCCCGGUACAGUGUCGAAGCCAGUCCUCCCAGCCAGGGAAGCCCUCUGAGCAGCCUGUUACCUUCUGCCUCCGUGCCAGAGUCGAUGACAAUUAGUGAACUUCGACAAGCCAUCGUGGCCAUGAUGAACAGGAAAGACGAGCUGGAAGAGGAGAACAGGUCUUUGCGGAACCUGCUUGACGGUGAGAUGGAGCACUCUGCGGCCCUGCGGCAGGAGGUGGACACCUUGAAAAAGAAGGUGGCUGAGCAGGAAGAGAGGCACGUCCUGAAGAUCCAGGCGCUGGCAAGAGAAAACGAGGUGCUCAAAGUCCAACUGAAGAAAUACGUUGGAGCUGUCCAGAUGCUGAAAAGAGAAGGUCAGACAGCUGAAGUUGUACCAAAUCUUUGGAACGUUGAUGGAGAAGUUACAGUCACUGAGCAGAAGCCGGGCGAAGUGGCCGAGGAGCUGGCGAGCUCCUAUGAAAGAAAACUCAUUGAGGUGGCGGAGAUGCACGGUGAGCUGAUUGAAUUCAACGAACGCCUGCACAGGGCUCUGGUGGCCAAGGACGCCCUCGUGUCCCAGAUGAGGCAGGAACUCAUUGACCUGCGGGGACCGGUGCCUGGAGAUUUGAGUCAAACAUCCGAAGACCAGAGUUUGUCGGAUUUUGAAAUAUCAAACCGGGCACUGAUCAACGUGUGGAUCCCGUCAGUGUUUCUCCGGGGCAAAGCAGCGAAUGCCUUUCACGUCUAUCAGGUCUACAUCCGGAUAAAAGACGAUGAAUGGAAUGUCUAUCGGCGGUACACAGAGUUUAGGAGUUUGCACCACAAGUUGCAGAACAAAUACCCUCAAGUGAGGGGCUACAGCUUCCCACCCAAAAAGGCCAUUGGAAACAAGGAUGCCAAGUUUGUGGAGGAGCGGAGGAAGCAGCUCCAGAACUACCUGCGCAGCGUCAUGAACAAGGUCAUCCAGGUGGCUCCCGAGUUUGCAGCCAGCCCCAAGAAGGAGACCCUCGUGCAGCUGAUGCCCUUCUUUGUUGACAUUACCCCUCCUGGAGAACCACUGACCAAGAACAGCCGCCCCAAAGUGGCUUCCCGCUUCCCCAAGCUGUCCCGAGGUCACCCCAGAGAGACACGCAACGUGGAGCCCCAGAGCGGCGACCUCUGACCUCAGCCGAACCCCAGACUUGGGCCCUCUGUGCUGCGCCAGCUGCCUCUGCCUAGCCCCUCCGCGUCUGACCUGGCCACCGCAGCUGGCCCCUCCGCCCUGGAGUGACCACCACGUCCACCUGGCGAUCCCCCGGAGAGCACACCUUCCCCAGCAGUCCUUGACGCUGAUUAAACUGGUCAGUCUCAGAGGGCAAGGAGGCUCCUCUCCGGACAGACUCGGACGCACGGGCACCCUCCCGGGGUCGGCCCGUUCCCUCCCUCCAGCUCAGGGGCCAGCAGGAGGGUGGGCGCCCCGUGGAGCUCGGAGCCCCUGGGUGGAGAUGCACAACUGAGGUUGGUCAGCAGCCGCCUCUUGACUCCUUCCCCCGUGGGAAUCAGGAUGACUGUUACCCUUCUUCUUCUUUUCAUGUAACUGCCUGCUUAACCUAUGGACGCGUGCGGUUAGAGCGGGGAGGUCCUGUGCCUCCCCGUUUUACUCUCUACCAGUGGCCCGAAGAUGCCCUGGUUGUAGAAAUCGUGGCCGGCGGCAGCUCACGUGGCCUCCUCGAGGGAGACAGCCCCGUGACCUUCUCGUGAAGGAGCCACGAGUGACGCUGAACUGGGGUGCUUAGAGCACUGCCCCCGACCUCCCCAGGUGGGCUCUGGAGGGGCCAGCCCGCAGUGGCAGCCUGGUGACCCCAGGUUGGAGAGCCCUGGGUUGUCCAGAACUCUGGGGCCUGACCUCACAAGCCACGAGGUCUCGAGGUCGUGGGAGAGGCUUGGGGCCCUCGGUGCAGCCCCCCGUGAGCUUGGAACAGAUCACGGUCCUUGCUGACAGAUGUGUCCCUGCACUCCGUGCCGCCACCCCAACCCACACAGCCCUGCCCAGCCCCUGCCCCGGUGCUGCCCGGCAGCUGGCUCCGUAGAUGGCAGCAUCCCGGAGCAUGUGCUCAGCCGCAGAGUGCAACCGGGAACUCGGGUUCCAGGGAAGGACUGAGCAGCCCCGUGGGUGCAACAGCAGCCUGAGGCAGGUGGAGAGGGCGAGGCAUGCAUGGACACUCCCCAGAACAGUUUCAGCUCCCACCUGGGACCGAGGAAACCUCUGGAAAGCCUCACCUGAAAGGUUUCUGCUGUGCAUCCCCAGUGGCCAGAAGGAACCAGAAAGGAUUCAGGGCAGUCACAGGAAGCUGAGGUGACGUUGGGACCAGAGGCCACGUGAGCAGGAUGAACCCGCUGUCCUCUGUGGGCCGAGGCAGGAGGGGACUGUCGUCAGCCGGUGGGUCGAGGGGACCUGAGACACCGUGUCCCUGAAAGGCAAUACAGGGUCGCUUCCUCACUCGCCAAGGUCCCCACUGCACCUGCGUUUCCUCUGAGCUCCGGGUCCCAUGGGGCCGGUUGGUCCCCUCCCAGGCUGCGGGAGCACAGUUGUCCUGGACAGAGCCAACCCUGAAGGCUCGAGCUGCCCCGAGUCCUGCUUCCUGAGGGUGGUUUACUGCUCCCCGCGACGCCAGCUGGGAGACUGCCCCUGCACUGCCUGUCCCCUGUGUUCCCCUUGGAGACAGAGGGGAGCCUCUGUGGCUCACGUCCCCUGGGGCUGAGGGUUCUGCUCAACCAGCCUGUUUGAGCACUGGACCCACAACACCCUGAGUGUGAAUCUAGCUUCACCUUCUCCAAAAUCCCCACCAGGAACCUUCGACAUUCUACGGAGGUUAAAAAAAAAAAAAAAAAAAGUGCCCAGAGUAAGGGACAGAUGCUAAGCCUUGAGAAAUAAUGACACACUCAGCCUGUAUUUACAAAAGGAGAAACUGCCUAUUUUUUAAAGCUUAAUUGUUCAUGGAAAACUUGCCCUGCUCUCCUGAAAUCAGACGGAAGAGCAUGUUCCUGGGACCACACGUGAACCAUCCGGGCUGCUUGCUCUGUGCACUCCCUUCUCGUGAUGUGGUGGGAAUCUUAGAACCACGUUCAGCACACGGGCCACCUCCCCAAUUUCAGCUCAGAUAUGCAUGUGACACACACAUGACACUAACUCCUUAAAGCCUUAACUCUGGAGUCAUAGAAUGUUCUGCGGUGGUACAUCCAUCCAGCUGCUCAGAUACCACCGCUCCCUAGUGUGGUGGGAUGGACACAGAGCAGGGGAAGAACCAGACCCAGGUCCAGCCGGGUGCAGACUACGAUCUGAUGCACAAAAUGCCCUCCCCCAGCCCCCCCCACGCCGUGUCGUCUGCUGCCCUUCCAUCUGACCCAGUUCAGAGGGCUGGCUGGCCCCUGCCCUGCACACCACCCACUCAGCCCCAUGACCCGUCAGAGGGAAAGACAGUGCUACGGAGAGAACCCGCAGACGUUGCUCCUGUCUCCUGGAUCCAGGAAGAGGACCCAUUGGUGCCUCCAAAGUUAGCACCUGCGGGGCCCACCCGGGAUAGCACAUCACAUCCCCCGGCAGGCACCUGGCAGUCACCUGUAGCACCAAGAGCCACCACCUCCAGGGCUUUCUGGCUACAAAGGGAUCACCUGGUUGUCAAGACAAAACCAUCUUCUGAGUCGUCCCUAGCAAGAGAGGGAGGGACACGGAUGAGGUCUGCGGGCACACGCUCUGCUCCACAGCGACGCCCCUGAGCUCCCGGCUGACCGCUCCGUUGUCAGCAGUAGCAGGGUGUGGGUCGUGCCUUUGAAAACCAGAGGCAAUCACAGCUGUUGACAUUCGCAGCCGAGCACAGCUGCAGCUCCUGCCCAGCGGCCACCGUCAGGGGAGGCCUCAGGGUCAGGACCAGGAACAGAGAGGUCCCAGCCAGCCCCGCGGAUCAGAAGCUGCCCUGCUUACUUCCCAGCCCCCAGAACCGGGUCUCUGGCUGGAACACACUAGUUUCCUCUUUUUCUCAGCUCCACAGGGGACUAUUCACUCACCUGAGGCCCCAGGCACAAGGCUCUGGGCCCCAAUCGCCCCCCAGCUGCCCGCUUUCAGCCAGGGUACCGGCCAGGCCUGGUCCUCCGGGGUCCCAGCAGGCUCCCUCCCCAUCAAUCUCCUCAUGCCUCAGCCCAGCUCCCUCGUAUCGGCACCAGAACCCAUCCCCCGUGGGGCACUCCACUCCCGAGGGGCCCUCUUACACAGCCUGCAGCUGCCAGUGGAAGACCCGGCAAGGCCCCGCCUGCCCAGAAACAGCAGACCGGCCAGCAGGCAGCCCCGGAAGGGGAGCACCUCCACCUCAGUUUCAACCCCAAAGGCAAUAAUCGUCUUGACCUUUCCCCAGUGCUUGACUCAGGACCACGCCACACAUUGGGCUCUGCCCCCAGCUGGGGACGCGGUAGACAGAGGGUGCUUCCGGCAGGCAGGCAUCUGCUCGUGAGCAGGGUCUUGGACAACGAUCAUUUUUCAAAAUAUUUUGCAUUGUUUCAUUAAAGCUAACAUUAAAUAUUUGCUGUUGGGUUUGGCUUCUGUGCUAAUUUUGCACAAUUGUAGCACUGUAUAUUUUAUCUAACGUUUAUGUGCCAAAAAGUUCGUCUUCAUGUUUCUGUAAUACGUGGUUUUGAUUAGGUUUCUAAAAUAAAAUUUCAGCUACUGGAUCAGCAGGGAUGAGGGUAGAGGUGCGCUCAGACCCCACCAGCUCUGGGCUCCUCCUGCCGCUGCCCAGAUGCACCUGCCCCCCAGCCAGGAAGCACUGUGGUGUACGGGCCUGCUUGUGACACUCUUGGGCAAGGAGCCUCUACUCUUGCAGCAAAAUCUUCACAACACGUCGCAUGGGCUUCUUUAUGUACCUAAUGAGUUUCUUUAGGAGAAAACAAAAAUCUGAUUUCUCUAAAGGAUGGCUGAGCCUAUGGCACGGAUGAGCACCUCAUUGGUAGAAAAUGCCGAGUUCACUAGUGUUUGGAGGUCCAGGGGUUCUGUUCUUAUGGGCACAUGAAUGCUUCUCCAUCACGACCGGAAAACCACUAGCUGACCUGCCCCCCUCAGAGCCUGAUCAGGUCUAGCUUCCUGCCUUCCCAAACUGCAGGCAGAGAGGCCACCCGUUCACCUUUAGAGGUUCUUCCCACCAUCAAUAGACAACCAUGGAGGGGAAAGGCGCUUGCAAAAAAUUGGGACGGAGGCCACGGAAGGAUAUUUGCACCCAGGAUCGCUGAGAGGAACCUGGACAACAUGCAUUUCCGAGGGAGGGGGGAGUGGAGCUCGUUAGGAUGUUUUCUUUUCUAGGAUUCAGCCUAGAAAGAAUGUCUACGUCUGCAGCCUCAGCUUCACCAUCGCUGGCAUCGUUUGGUAGAGAUCACUUUGCUCACCUUAGCAGGUACGGACUUCCUGGAGGAGGGAGACUUGUGAAUGCAGGAGCAGGGGGCCCAGCGGGGAGGCCGUCUAUCCCGAAGGGUCUCCCACCGCUGACCGGGUCCCUGUGAGCCCUCUGCUGGGAGGAAUAUGGCCACAUAUUGGGAGUCGAGUCCACUGUCUGGAUGCACGUGGGGCCUAACAGUCUGCAGAUUUGCUCCGAAACGUGUAGUAUUAUGUUAACUACCCUCUUAUGUUAAGGUUUACACAAUAGGAUUUUUAAACAAAUGUGUUUAAUUUUCUAAAAUCUCUUGUAUUAAACUUUUCUUUUGGAAUAAGCUGUGGUAAUUUUGUUACAAUCUGGUUCAGAUACACCUCUUUACAAUGAAAAUAAAAACGGUCACAUUUUAUAAAUUA